AACCAUCAACCCUCAAUUUUAGACAAUCUAAUACCCUAGGUCAACAUCUUAUAUUUGCGGCGACUCAAUGUCGUCAGUAACCCCUGCCAGACCUUCUAGGCGGGCAGCCGCCUCACGACGUACGAAAAAGGUUGUCGAAUCCUCAGAGUCAGAGGCGGAAUUGGAAGCUCCAGCAAUAGAAGAGGGAGAUUAUGAGGAAGCCGAAGAGGGAGAAGAUGAGGAUGAAACACCGCCCCCCCGCCCAACACCUCGCCGUAAGUCAAGGAGAAUCACUAGUGCACCAGCUCCCGCAGUUGCACCACCGAGAACUGCCAGAACUCGGCGUACACGGUCUGGGGCAGAGCCAGAAGCUCCCCCGUCCAUUGCUCCUAAACCUCGAGCAACUCGUACAUCAAGGAAAAAAGCCCCACUUAAAUUAAAGACUCCAGAGAUAGAGGAGGAUUUGGAUAGGAGGGAUGUCUUAGGUAAAGAACAAGUGCCUGGGAAGGGGGAUGCUCUUGAACAAGAAGAUACGCCCAUGGGAGAAGGUGCCGAGGAAGACCCUAUUGUCCAGAAGCAAACGCCUCGGCCAUCUGCGACACCCGCACGUCUGCUUCCACAAGCCCUUGGACCUACUGGGCAGCUUCGCACACCCUCCCCAACACCAUCUGGUCGACCGACACCAGCGGUAGCACCACCAUCGGAACAGCCACAACCGGAAGCGGCACCAACUACUCCUAUUAAGCCUCUUGAAGGAAUGGUGACAUCGUCGAUGGCCGGAGGGGAUGCAGUUACCCCACGACCUACGUCUUCCUAUUCAAAUAGCUCGCAAAAUCCUCCAGUCAUUGUGAAGUCCAGGGCAAAUGCUCUUUUCCAACAACAGCAGUUGGAACAAGAACAGGGACCUAGGCCUCGGCUGGUUAUUACUCACUUAGUGUUAAUGAACUUCAAGUCGUAUGCUGGCAGACAGGAAGUUGGACCUUUCCAUGCUUCAUUUUCGUCCGUUGUCGGGCCAAAUGGUUCGGGAAAGUCUAAUGUCAUCGACUCUCUUCUAUUCGUCUUUGGAUUCCGCGCAAGUAAGAUGCGACAAGGCAAGGUUUCGGCCUUGAUUCACAACUCGGCUGCUUUCCCGAACCUUGAUUACUGCGAAGUCGAAGUCCACUUCCAAGAAGUCCUUGAUGCGGCUGGCGGUGGGCAUGAGGUGGUUCCAGAUUCAAAGUUGGUUGUUUCGCGUCGAGCCUUCAAGAACAACUCUAGCAAAUAUUACAUCAAUGGCGGAACGAGUGAUUAUACCCAGGUUACGACUCUCCUUCGCGGCCGUGGAAUCGAUCUUGACCACAAGCGAUUCCUUAUUCUCCAGGGCGAAGUUGAGAGUAUUGCUCAAAUGAAGCCUAAGGCUCAGCACGACAGUGACGAUGGUUUGCUAGAAUAUCUAGAAGAUAUCAUCGGCACAAGUAAAUAUAAACAACCUAUUGAGGAGUCUGCCACCCAAGUCGAGGAACUUAACGAGAUUUGCGUUGAGAAAUCUACCAGGGUACAACAUGUCGAGAAGGAAAAAAACAGCCUCGAGGACAAAAAGGAGGCCGCACUUGAGUUCAUCCGGAACGAGAAUGAGCUCACAAUGAGAAAGUCUGCGCUUUACCAAAUUCAUAUUGCGGAUAGUACAGCGAACAUCAAUGUCACCGCAGAGAUGACCACUCAAUUGCAAGCACAACUGGAUGAGGAGCUGGAGAAGCAUCGGGGCAAUCAAGAUGAGAUCAAGAAACUUGAGAGAAAGUACAAGGCCGGCUCUAAGGAAGUGGAGGAAGUGGAGGCUGCUACAAAAGCUAUCCUUAAGGAGCUAGCCAGGAGCGAAAAAGAGAAUGUCAAGUUUCAGGAGAAAGAAAAGUUUCUUACCCAGAAGCAGAAAAAAUUACAAAAGGCUAUUCAGACGAAUAGAUUAGCUGCAUCAGAGGCGGCUGCUACAAUUGAAAAGCACACGCAGGAUCUCGAGAGAUUUGGUAAACAGAUAGCGACUUUGGAAGCGAAUUUGGGUGCCGAAGAGCAGGAGUUGGAUCGUAUCCGUGAUACUCUCAAAGAGAAAACGCAGGGAUAUUCGGAUCAGAUCGCUGUUAAGCAAAAGACGCUAGAACCGUGGAAGGAAAAGAUCAAUGAAAAGCAGUCUGCUAUUGCGGUUGCGCGGAGUGAGCUUGAUAUACUUUAUGAGAAAAACAACGCUAGUCAGAAUGCCAUGGAGGAGGCUCAAACGAAAAUUGCUGCCAUCGACGGGUCCCGCGCUGAGAAGGAACAGGAGCUCAAGGAUUGUCAGAAAGAGAUUGCGAAGCUCAGCAAGCAGGGUCAGAAAGUGCAGACUGAGCUCGAGAAGAUAAACCAGAGGGAGCCGCAGUUACGGAACAACGUUUCUGGGGCAAGGCAGAAGGCCGACGAAGCCAAGGCCUCCCUUGCUGCCACACAGACUCAGGGUAACGUCUUGACUGGAUUGAUGCGAUUGAAAGAGUCUGGUAGAAUCGAAGGAUUCCAUGGCCGUCUCGGGAAUCUUGGAACGAUUGAUGCUAGAUAUGAUGUCGCCAUCUCGACUGCUUGUCCCCAGCUCGACAACAUGGUUGUGGAUAGCGUUGAGGCAGGUCAACAGUGUAUUGACUACCUUCGAAAGAAUAACCUUGGAAGAGCCAACUUCAUUUGUCUCGACAAACUUCACUCUAGAAACCUUAAUGCAAUUGAAACGCCAGAGAAUGUACCUAGGUUGUUCGACCUUGUCAAGCCGAAGAGCCCAGUACUUGCUCCUGCCUUCUACAGCGUCCUCCAAGAUACCCUUGUUGCGAAUGGCCUUGCACAAGCCAACCGUAUUGCGUACGGAGCUAAAAGAUGGAGGGUUGUGACACUAGAGGGACAGUUGAUUGAUAAAUCGGGUACUAUGACUGGAGGUGGCCAAACUGUCUCUAAGGGAAGGAUGUCGAGUAAACUUGUCGCCGAUACCUCCAAGGAAGCAGUUGCCAAAUUGGAAGCCGAUAGAGACGCACAGGAGAGAAUCUUCCAGGAGUUUCAGCAACAGCGAGGCGAGCUGGAGUCAACUCUCAGGGAUAUAAAAGGGCGUAUACCAGAGGCAGAAGUCAUGAUUUCUAAGAUUGUGCUCGAGAUCGAAGCUGGGAACAAACAAAGGACAGACUUGGAGAAACGGAUCCGGGAAUUGAGUGCACAAGGCAAAACCUCUAAGGUAGAUGACAAACAAGUUUCAACUCUUGAGGGUAGGAUUAAGCAGCUGGGCCGAGAAAUUGGGGGACUCAACUCCGGAACUGCCGGGAUAGAGGACGAAAUUAAGUCCCUGCAGAACCUAAUCAUGGAGGUCGGCGGUAUCAAGUUGAGAUCACAGAAGUCCAAGGUGGACGGCAUUAGGGAACAGCUCGAGACGCUGAACGAACAACUCUCCAAUGCCGACAUGGCCCGAACAAAGGCCGAAAAGAGUCGAACAAAGGCCGAAAAGGCAUUCAACGGCAGCACCAAAGAGCUUGAGAAUAUCGCAGUUGAGCUUGAGGAGUUGCAUGAGGAGAUCCAGGACCAUGCAAAGCUGGCCGAAGCCGAUAACGCAAAGGCGGAAGAGGCACAGGCUUAUCUCGAGGAGAAGUCAGAGGAACUUGCUGCUGUUAAGGAAGAACUUGAUGAGAAGCUAGGCGAACUCAACAAAACUAGGGCUGCUGAAAUUGAGAUGAAGAAUAAGUUGGAAGAGCACCAGAAGGCGCUUGUAGAUAACCAGAAGAGGUUAAGGCACUGGGAACAGGAGCUAAGCAAGCUAGAAUUGCAAAGUGUUAGCGAUGGUGCUGAGGCAACUGAAGAAGACCUUAGUCUGCCUGAGUACACUGAAGAUGAACUGGCAGAUAUGGAUAAGGCUCAAUUGAACGGCGAGAUUGCGGCUCUAGAAGAAAAACUGCAAAACGUGAACGUCGACAUGGCCGUCCUUGCCGAGUACCGUAAGCGCGUUGAGGACUACCAAAGGCGAAGCAAGGACCUUGAAGAGUCAGUUAUCGCGCGUGAUUCUGCCAAACAGCGGGUGGAUGACCUCCGGAAACGACGACUCGAAGAGUUUAUGGAAGGAUUUAGCGCGAUCUCAUUACGGCUAAAGGAAAUGUACCAAAUGAUCACUAUGGGCGGGAAUGCUGAGUUAGAGCUUGUCGACAGUUUAGAUCCCUUCUCAGAGGGGAUUCUCUUCAGUGUUAUGCCGCCGAAAAAGAGUUGGAAGAACAUUUCCAAUCUUUCCGGUGGUGAGAAAACACUUAGUUCCCUUGCGUUGGUGUUUGCUUUACAUCAUUACAAACCCACUCCGUUAUACGUCAUGGACGAGAUUGAUGCUGCGUUGGAUUUCAGAAACGUCUCUAUUGUCGCUUCGUAUAUCAAGGAACGAACCAAGAAUGCCCAGUUUAUUGUUAUCUCUCUGAGAAAUAACAUGUUUGAACUCGCAGCACGGCUGGUUGGAGUGUAUAAAGUCAAUCACAUGACUAAGAGUGUGACUAUCGAAAACCAAGAUUAUAUAGAAAAGCAUUAA